AUGGCUCAACCGACAGGCGAUGUCGUCCACCAAAUCGCUCAGCUAAACGCCGCCCGGAACCUGGUCCUAGGUGACGCCGCUUUCUACCCGCAAAUCAUUAGCGGCAUCCUUCCCAUCGUCGGACCUCACGCGAAACUGCAAUUACGUCGAUGGGGCGCAGAAUUUCUGGCAGAAACCUUUGCCAGUCCUCAGCUGGCGACCGCGCAGAAGGAACAGCUAGCACAAAAUGUCCUGCAGAGCAUCCAAGAGACGCUACUGCUGCCGGAGACGGACGCAGCUGUCCUGCAGAGCUUGGUGCAGACCGCUGCGAGCUUGUACCCGCUUAUAUUUCGCCACAUUGUGAACCACCCGGAAGAUAGUCAGUCAUGGGAAAAGAUGAAUACAAUCAAACAUGAAAUCUUGCGGCGGAUGGACUCUUUCCCGUGUCCCGUCAAGAUCUCCUGUGUCAAGUUCCUACAGCGUGUGGUCCAGGUUCAGACACCUGGUCUGAUUGCCGAUCCCAGGCGACCGGAUCAGAAUGAAACCUCCUUGGCCGUCGUUCCGCGAAAUCAUGCCAUUCUUGCCAUUCCACAACUUGAAGCCGAGUCGUCGGGUUUACUGGAUAGACUUUUGGGUGUGUUCCAAGAGGAGACAAGUGAUGCUCUUCUUGUCAAUGCCACUUUGAACUGCCUCGCGCCCCUGAUCCGCACACGUCAGUCAAUCGCGAACAAGAUCAUCAAUACUGUUCUGGAUUUCUACCCAGCGAAACAUGUCCGUCCACCAUUUACGCCCGCUGUUCGCAUCGGAGUAAAGUCAAUGGAACGCACAGCACGCGCAUUAUUGAUCCAUAUAUUGAAAAAGAAUCCGAAUCACCCGCUGUUAGGAAAGAUGCAAGUGUAUCUUGAGCGGCUUAUGCAGUCUCGGUUGGAAGUAGUGGAUGACGCUUCUCGGAAACGGGCGUUACCUAUCGAGGCAGACGCUCUUGAUAAUGCCAAGCGAGCUCGCCUCGAUGCGUCAACCCCGACCACACUCCAGAUUCCUCCGAUGAUGCCCGGCCCCGCAAGCUAUGACAAGCUUUUCACUUUGACUCAAGAUGUUGGCCUUUCCUCCUUCGACGUGAAGCAGUUGCCUCCUGAUCUUGUCGUCAAGAUCGCUGUGCCCCUUCUUGCCCAAGUCAAUCCGUCAAUGUUAACGCAAGCCAUCGAUGCUAUUCGAAACCGAUACCAAACAAUAACCCAAGAGCAAAACUUGGUACGCCAGCAGCAGCAACAGGCCGCGGCAGCGGCAGAUGACGAUGACGAUUAUGAACCAGAAUAUCAGCCCAUGGACGUAGCGGAAAAUGCCGCAGAAGAAGCUAGUGCCGUCGUUCCUGAAGUGCCUGACUUCCAGCCCGAUCUAGUAUCUCUUGGUCCAUUCGUCCUACCUCAGCCACCCCCACUGAGUGAAGAAGAGGCCGGAGAGGUCGGCCGUAGUGCCGUUGCGCGCGUCUUUUCUAUGAUCAACGUUGCUGAAACAGAGGCACCCGCCAAGAAUAAGAAUCAGCAACAGCUCGGCUUCGCACGUUUAGCUGGGAGCAACUUUGACAAAGACGCAUGGGUUUUGCUCCUCACUCGGCUGGCCACCCGCGCUCCAGCUGGCCUGGAAGGGGGCGACAAGUUGGGCAAAGGGUCUUCGGGCCGAAGACAACCAACCAUCUCUGAUUCCAUUCGUGAGACUCUGUAUCGGUACAUCCUGGAGGAUUUCAGAGCCCGGUUGAAUAUUGGCAUCACCUGGCUCAACGAAGAGUGGUACAACGACCGUAUCCAAAUGAAAGUAGUAGCCUCCAACCGCUAUGACGAUGAAGAUUCCCAGACAACGGUGGUCUGCCAUUACGAUACCUGGGUUAUCCGUCUUCUAGAUGGGUUCCUGCCCUACCUCGACUCGCGCGAUAUCAAAGUGAUUGUUCGCUUCCUCAGUGAAAUCCCCGAAGUCACCGUUGACAUUACUCAACGUGUAGCCAGCUUGGCCAAGGAUCCUGAGCGUGUCAAUCUCUGUGUACAGGCUUUAAUGUACUUGAUCAUGUUCCGACCCCCAGCACGCGAGAUGUGUCUGAACACACUUGAGGAUGUCUAUCAAACUUAUGAGGAAUCGCGCCCAGCAGCAGGCAAGGUCUUGGCCAAGUGGCGUCCACAGCAGACAGAAGCGGUCACCAACGGGACAUCAGACGCAGCACCUCCUGCCACACAACCAGAACAGGCCAGUGCUGCAUCGGAGUGA